AUGCAUUCUACAACAAGCAUCACCUACACAAAGAAGUAUGUUGGUAACACCCAAACAGGCAAUGUCUACCUUUGGGGCCCUAACGGAUGUAUCCAUGUCGAACAUUUCGACUGCAACCCAAGAAGAAAACAGGAUCCAGUCAUUGGCACUACAUUCCAAGAGGCAUAUAAUCGAUGCAAAGAUAUCCAAAGACAGUACGAGCCUGUUUUUGAAAAUUCUGCAACCAACAUCGAAUCUCGUUUUGUUGAUGAAAUGGAAACCGAUUCUCCAAUUGGUUUCAUCUUCCAAAUUGAUCAAUGUGAACCCACACCUCCAGAUUGGCCAGAAAUCGAGGAUCCCUUCCAAGAUUUUGAGGAGCCUUCUCUUCCCAAUUCUCAUCAGGACUUAAUCCACAUUAAUAUCAACAUUGCCUUUGAGCGUUAUCACAGCUGA